AUGCAAAACAGGCCGAAAAGACCAUCAUCUAAACUUUUGACUUUUCAGUCAAAUAUACAAUUUCCCCAAAUGAUCGACACUUUGCCAAGUGAACUUGUGCUCCAGGUCUGUCAGAAUCUGCAUCAAUCGGAUUGCUUUCAUUUGAUGCUAUGCAACAAGUUCUUGAGCCAGUGUUGUCUUAAAAGAUUAUAUCAAUCUAUCAUAGUGGAUGAUGAAAGCCUCUAUCUUGACGAACUUUUGGAGGAUACUUAUUAUGUUCGUGAUAUAUGUGGUGUCAAAGUAUAUUCUAGCAGAGUGAAAACCUCCUAUGGCCUGAAGCAGUUGAUUCGAACACUUACUGAAAGUGACUUGGUGUGCCUAGUACAACGAAUUGAAGUCAACCAAGAUCUUGGCCUUCUCCGGCACUGUAUACCCAAAAUGACAAAUCUAAAGUGUGCUCAGCUGCCAGAAUCAGGCGUAUUGAGUGCUCCCGGUCUUCAGUCACUAAGAACAAAAAAAAUAGAAGGCUUCAAUUAUGAUCUUCAUGAAUUGGAGUUGACCCAGAGUUGCAAGCUAACUGUCUCCAACUUCAAACAUCUCAAGAAACUCUCAGUGACUGCUAUCGCGAGAAAUAGCUUAAAGCAAUAUCGGGUUCCAUUAUCGUCGCUCUUCAACUCCAAUGGCCACAAACUAAAGUUGCAUGAACUUACCAUAAAAUCAGCAUUGAUCUAUCCACAAGAGCCACAGAUUCUCCUCGAGGCAUUAGAUUUUACAAAGUUGCGAGUGCUUCGUCUGAUAGAUUUGUUUGAGUAUCCUACUUUGAGUUUGCCGGAGACGGAUAUCAAGUGGGAGGAAUUGCGCGUCUCAGAGUUUCGGCAAUGGAUGUCUCGAUUGUCAGAAGGUAAUCGGCUUCUUCAGACCGCAAAAAUGCUAUUAGAGGCAUUGUCACCACAAGUCAAAGGGUUGAAGGUGUUAGAGUUGCAAGUAUGCAACUUCUUAACUGACCACGGUCCCCAAUUUAUUUCAUCAAUUACAGACUUGAGGACUCUCAAAGUCAAAAUUCCCUCGCAGCAUUUUGUGGAUCAUGACCCGGACUCUCGAAUUCGGGCAUAUUUACAGAGUAUUUCUUUGCAUAAAAACCUCCGUCAUCUUGUCAUUGAAUCACCGCCAAUAGAUGUCUUGUUGCUCGAAGAAUAUUUGUCGCAAAUGAGAAACUUGAAAGGUCUCAAAUUAUGUGUUAAAUCAAUUGAACUGGCUCGUUUUAUUUCAUUUAUUCGAACCUUCGCUGAAUUGGAAUUCUUGGAUGUAAUUUUUGAUCCAAUUCCUUUGAAAGACAUCCAGGAGAAGUAUAUUGUUGAAGCCCUAUCGCAUGGACCACUACAAUAUGCUAAAUUUUCUACCUCAAUCUAUGACAUGAGAAAAGGAACGAUCAAAGGCAAACAUAUCAUGCGCUGGUUCGAUGACAAGCUUAUAAAUUUGUAA